UCGUUUUAUUUUUAACCGAGCGGUCUCAGAAGAGUAAAUGGCGCUCAUACAGUAAGAACUCUUUCUUUAAGUCUAAGCUAGAGAUUCUCACUGUUUGUGUUUGCAUAAACUUGGUUCACCAAACUGCUAAACGAUCGUCUAAUCAUGUAAAAAAUUGUAGCUCAACACAUUACAAACGCUCCUAUGUAUUUACAUUUGUACACACAUACAUAUGUUUGUAUGUAUAUUCAUACGCAGGUACUUAGAAGACGACUAAAAAAUACAAUUUUAUUCUUUACGUGCACUUGCUUAUCAUUUCGCUCUAUUUAUUUACAUAGUUUUUGAAUAAAUAUAUCUCUUUCUAAGCGCUGUGUAUUCAGUUUUCGAUCGAAUCGCCGCGCAUCUAGUAGUACAAUGCGAGUGUUCCUCGGCAUAUUAGCUUUGGCCUUAGUCAUCACUAUCAUCACAUUGACUGUUUCAAAAGCGAUCCCAACAGAUUCUCCUGUAGUUAAUAUAUAUGGGCAAGGUCCAGUGCGCGGCAGCUAUGAUGAAACAUUAUGGACAAAACAGCAAUUUUUAUCAUUUCGUGGCAUACCAUAUGCGGAAUCGCCAAGUGGAAAGUUGCGUUUUAAGCCACCAACAAGCCGCAAACCUUGGCAAAAAACCUUCGACGCACAGAACUUCGGCAAACGUUGUCCGGUUAUAACAAGCGUGUCGAAAUUAAAUGCCUCCAAACUGAAAGAUGACCUCGAAGACUGCCUGAACUUGAGCGUCUACACCAAAAGCCUCAAUGCCAGACAACCAGUUAUGUUCUACAUUUACGGUGGUGGCUUCUCUAAUGGUUCCGCCUCUGAUCAUCCGCCACACCAUUUGCUAGAAAAGGACAUAGUACUGGUAGUGCCACAGUAUCGCAUUGGCGCACUCGGCUGGCUGACUACACUCACCGAGGAAAUGCCUGGCAAUGCGCCCGUAAUGGAUCUGCAGCUGGCUUUGAGUUGGGUGCAGAAAUAUAUUUAUACAUUUGGCGGUGAUCGCGACAAAGUUACGAUAUUCGGACAAAGUGCAGGAGCGGCUAUGUCUGGCGCCUUGCUGCUGAGUCCCAAAACGUCAGAGAGCUACUUCAAGCGUUCCAUUGUGCAAUCGGGUGCCAUAACUGCGUUUUGGGCCAUCAAUCGUGAACCGCUGGCGCAAGUGAAACGCAUCUGUGAGGCGCUCAACUGCGAGCAAUGUGACGACAGUGCGGAACAGUAUAAAUGUUUGAGGAGUGUGAAUGUAUUACAGUUACUCAGAGUGACAACAGCGGAAAGUUUCAGUCCCGUAGUUGCCGAUGUAUUUGGCGUGCUUCCUUCAGAGCCGAGAGUGCUGCUUGAAAAUCUCAAACGCACAGUACCGCUGAUGGCCGGUUUCACUAAACAUGAUGGCUCUUUUGCAUUGGCAACACUCUACGACAGUAUUGUGGCAAUGUUAGGUAGCAUUUCUAAAUUAACUGUGCGUCAGUUCGCAAACACGCUCAUUGAUGUGGGCAAGGACAGCACCAGCCUGUCCAACAAUUUGCUCUUACGCAUGCUUUUCGAACAGGAACUAUUGGAGAGUAACAAUCAUACAGCUGCAUGGCCGGCAUACUUUGAUGCCGCGAAUAUUAUAGCCAUGAAAUCGCCAGUGAUUGCUUACGCUAACGGCCUGCAGAGAAGAGGUGCGGCUCCAGUGUACCUUUAUAGCUUUGACUACGAAGGCGAGCAUACACGCUUCGGCUAUGAGUUUGGUAAUUCACAGUAUCCUUUCGAGGGCGGCGUACAUCAUUCGAAUGAUAAUAUAUACUUAUUUGCUACGCACAAACUCAAUGCGAAUGAUACGAGAAUCGCAAUGAAAAUGGUAGAUUUGUGGUAUUCGUUCGCAGUGCAUGGGGAGCCAAAGGUUGGAGAUCAACCUGAGCUGGAUAUUAGAGCCAUGAAGACUGAAGCUGGUCCCUACUUUCACAUCAAUAAACAAAUAACUUUGGGUUCUGAUAUUCUCUCCGAACUUACAGCGACGGUGGAUGAUCCUGACAGUCACAAAUUGAUCAGGCCGUCGGCAUUUCAAGUAACUCAUAUUCGUAAUAAUGUUAUUGAGAAGUAAGAUAAUGUGGGUUUACAUACCGUACAUUUGAUUUUCAUUUGUAUUUGUAAGUGGG